AUGUUUCUAGUUUUACUAGUUGUGUUUGUGUGUUGUGGUGUGUGUGACAGCGAGGAGGAUUUGGGAUAUAGUCUUAAUAUUGGUCACGCGAUAGAUGUGUUUGCGAACUACGGUGACCUCUCUCAAGUAACACAAGUUGUGUCAGCUGACUACGAAGAGGACAACUAUGAACCGAUUGAACCGUUCCGAGAGAAGAAUAUCCGAGUCUUCGAGAACUUAAGCAGUAUAGAGACACCUGGUGACACCAUGGUUAGCAUGAACCUGCAAAUCUGCGAGACGUUUGAGGAUCUGCUUCGAGCAUAUUUCAAGCACUUUUACAUAGAAGGUACAGACGUCCCCUGGAAGGCGUUCUUAGGAGAUUGGAUCAAUGACGAAAUCAUGAGAGCCUUCGGCAUUGAAUACGACCCGAGGGCAGAUGACUGCUGCUACGUCCUGGUCACGAUCACCAAGGUGAAGAACAGGGUCAAAGUUAACACCCUGGACACUGUCAAAGUCAAAGAUUACGUGCAGAGAGCUAUUGACCAGCUAAACGCAACCGAUUCUACGGAAAUUAGACGGUUUAUGAAAAGCUACGGGACACAUUACAUUGACUCUUAUGUUACGGGGAAUUUUAUUUAUCAAGUAUUUAAAUACAAAAGGAGUGGGUACAAUACGCUUAAAUCCUUUAUAAGAUUAAGAGAACGAAGAAGAUCAAACUCUGAUUUGAGGUUCUACUUUUCAUCCCUCUUUCUGAAACAAGUUGGUGAUAUUAGAAUAGCAAGCGGCAACAAGACAGUGGAAAAAUGGGCGCGAAAUAAUUUAAGAGACAGUCAAUAUUUAUUUUCUAGACCUAGUCUUUUAAGACUACAUUACAACAGGAAUCUAGCAUUCAAAUUGAAUGAAAUGUUGGACACUGGGGCGUUAUUAAGUCUUAAUUUGAAGACAUUAAAACCAUUGUUUAAAGACAAACAAAUGAGCGAUAAAUUCGCGGAGGUAGUGGAAAAUGAUUUAAAACUUUGGGAGGUGAAUGCCUAA